ACCUUCUCUUCCUCCUCCACUCCAUCAGCCAGUCUGCUCUCAGUCACAGCUGAGGCUCAGCAUCCUAACAGCCUGCCUCCUUCUCCGCCUCCUCCUCUUUACUCUCUCUCUCUCACACACACACAGUUGCUCACACACCUCUCUCAGUUGCCACCGAGCCCAUCCAGUGCAAACAGUAGCUCUGAACAAAGAGGAGGAAGAACAACCCCAACAGAAAAAGAGGACAGUGAUGAGGAUGAGCGUGUGCAGUGUGCCGGUGGUUCCCUGCCGCCGUCCCACGCAGACUACACGGAGCUUCACGCCCCCCCUGCGUCUCCUCCUCCUCCUCCUGCUCCUGCUCCUGACCGGCAGCGGCAGCAGCAGCAGCAUCGGGGCCGUCCCCUCCGCCUUCCAGCUGGCCCCUGACACCCCGGCCCCGGCCGAGCCCACCCCAACCCAGGCCACACCUCGGCCAGACCCCUGCGAGGGCCGACCCUGCCUCAACGGUGGGCUCUGCCUGGUCCUCCCCUCUGCUGGCAGGCCAGAGGACACCUGGGAGUACAUGUGCACAUGCAGCCAGGGAUUCACUGGACGCAACUGUGAGUUUUUCACAGACCCGUGUGCCAGCAGCCCUUGUCUCCAUGGAAACUGCAGCCGCAACGACGGAGGGGAGGAGGGGGAGCCGGCCUACACCUGUGAGUGCACUGAAGGCUACGAAGGGGAGAGGUGCGAUCAGAUCCUGUUGGAGCUGCCCGCUGCAGACUGGGACCCCGCCACCCCCUCUGCCCCUGAACUGGCCACCCCCGUCGCGUCCACGACCACCGCCGCCACUCAGCCGCCAGAGCCAACCACCGUCUCCUCCACCACAACGCCGGCACCUCCCACCCUGCCGCCAUGGCAACCAAAACCUGGGCAGAGGAUGCUGGUAGUGCAGUGGGAGGCAGACAGAGUGACUGAGGGUCUGCACUGUGUGAGUCCUGAGCUUUGUGAGCUGACAUCAGGAACUCUGACUCUGUCGCUGGAGGUGCCCGAAGAGACGGCUGUAAAGGUAGUGGUGAAUGCAAGUGGAGCUCCUGUGCUGUGGCGUGUGAGUGAAGAAGGUUUCCUCCGGUCGUCCAUUUUGAAUGGCACAACCAUGUGGUUUCUGCAGGCCCCCGAUGGACUGGUGGUGCCAGACCACUUCCUGCCCCUGGGACAGAACUACUUCCUAAGUGUGCUGCGUGUGGGUUCUCCCACAGCCCCAGAGGUCACCCUGCGUCUCAACCUGACGGUGAAGGCCAGCAGCUGUGUGGAGCCCGGCAGCAGCUUCAGUGACCCUCAGUGCUCGGGGAAAGGCAAAUGUAUCACACAGCCGUCUGAGAGCACCUUCUUCUGCGAGUGUGAGGACAGCUACACCGGGAUCUUUUGCGAGGAAUUUGAUGCCUGCCACCACAGACCCUGCCGCAAUAACGGCACCUGCACUGAUGUCAGACAGGGGAGUGAAGGACGCAACUUCACAUGCACCUGCCAACCAGGUUAUGAAGGGGAGCGCUGCCAGUUGCUGGUUGACCACUGCCUUUCUCAGCCUUGCAAGAACGGAGCCAGUUGUUUCAGCAGCCUGGCCGGGCCCAGGUGCUACUGUCCUGAAGGUUACCAGGGCGCAACGUGUGAGCAGAAGGUGGACCCGUGCGCCUCCAGCCCCUGUCACAACAACGGGACGUGCUACGCUCAGGGCCCCGGCCCCCUGGGCUUCGGCUGCAGCUGCACAGCGGGCUUCACAGGCCCCACAUGCGCCCAGCUGGUGGACUUCUGUGCCCUGAACCCCUGCGCCCACGGCGUCUGCCGCAGUGUGGGCAACAGCUACAGGUGUCUGUGCGUCCCAGGCUACCAUGGCUUGUACUGUGAGGAGGAGUACAACGAGUGUCUGUCUGCCCCCUGCCAGAACUAUGCCACCUGUAGGGAUCUCAUUAAUGCCUACGAGUGUGUCUGCACUCCACAGUUUGAUGGGAGACACUGUGAAAUCUACAAGGAUCCAUGCCUGAAGAUGCGCUGCCAGAAUGGAGGCCGCUGUGAGAGCGCAGGACUCAACGCUUCCUGUGCAUGUCCACCUGGAUACCUGGGGGACAAGUGUGAGGUCAACAUCAAUGAGUGUGAGAGCAACCCUUGCCACCAUGGAGGCACCUGCAUCGACCAAUCAAAUGGUUUCACCUGUCACUGUCCACCUGGGUGGGUGGGGCCCAGCUGUGAGAUUCACCUCCAGUGGAAGCCAGCACACACUGAGGACACCCUGACCAACAUGCCUCGCCACUCCCUCUACAUCAUCAUCGGAGCGUUGUGCGUGGCCUUCGUCCUUAUGCUCAUCAUCCUCAUCGUGGGCAUCUGCCGCAUCAGUCGCAUUGAGUACCAGGGCUCGUCACGCCACGCUUACCAGGAGUUCUACAACUGCCGCAGCAUUGACAGCGAGUUCAGCAAUGCCAUAGCCUCCAUCCGCCAUGCCAGAUUUGGGAAGAAGUCCAGGCCCGCCAUGUAUGAUGCCACUCCCAUCGCCUACGAGGACUACAGCCCUGAUGACAAACCUUUGGUCACCCUCAUCAAGACAAAGGAUUUGUAAAACGCAACCAUCUCAAACCCAAAGUCGUACAUGUGUGCAUAUACACACACACGCACACACACACACACACACACACAUACGUAAAGUCAAAUAUGAACGCAUUUCCUAUGAAAAGAAAAACAUGAUAGCAAACAAAACUGAAUGUAAAAUGGAGAAAAAAAAAUCUAAAACAUAUUCUGUAGUUUAAAAAUCUGGAAUUUGAUACAUCUAUUUUCCUGUCAAAGUCCACUAUAAGGCUUUAUUGUAGCAUAAGAGCAUACUUUGCAUUAUUUAAGUUAUUGACGAUGGGCAACACUACCAGCAACCUCUGCUGUACAAUAGAGUGAUACUUUAGUCUGCACCAGACUGUCUGUCUGUAGGUGGAGCCAGCGACCCAGAAGCCCACAUUUCUUAGUGCAAACUCAGCAGACAGUGCUGACAACAGUCCUUACAGGUGUUGUAGAAAUAGGUGCACUUCUCGUGGUGCAUACACUGUAUCUUUUUCUAUAUUCAAAAAAAAAAAAGAAAGAAAUUCUGCGGUAGGUUGCCUUACUUCGUGCAUGGUUAGAUUUGAUGUUCCCUCUGCAAUAUUUUAACACCCUCUGUUUGUUGGUUGUUAUUUUCUCAUUGCAGUUAUACUUCUCUCUGUAAAGAUUGUGCCAAAUAUUUUCUUUGGGUAUUUUGUGGUUAGUAGAUAAAAUGCAUACGUGUAUGAUACGCUAGUCACAGAAUGUUUUCUUUUUAAACAUGCAUAUUGUCCUGUUCUUUACGAGUUUCUCAGUGAUGUAUGAAUAGUAAAGAGAGUGGGUUUGCUGGAGUACUGUGACCCGACCGUACAUAUUCAAGUAAUAUUUAGGAUAAUAGGUAGGUAUAUUUCUCACUGCACAGACAUAUAGUUGGUUUUACUGAAUGUUCCUGUUUAUCCUAGUGUACAAAUUCACCUCUCGUGUUGACAACGUUGAAUAGUUUCUGGAUGUGAGUGACUUAAGAUGGAGAAGCAAGGGGGAGGGGGAGGGGGAGGAGGAGGAGGAGAUAGAGACGGACGGGCUUGAUAUCAACUCCAGAAUAUGUAUGUAUGUGCUUCUGUGUUCUGCCAAUGGAAAACUGUCCGUCGGUGCAGCUGUGUUGUUCCUCUCAAGGUCAAGCAGUGUUUUACCAAUAGGCUCAGCUAAUCCUACCCUUAUUUUUCUCUCAUUUUAAACACAGCAACAACAUCAUGAUUACCUAUUAUCUAUGUUCAAUUAUGUAAACAAUAAAGAUUCGAGUGAACAUAAUCUACUCA